AUGAUUGUUCAUGGUUUAGUUCUUCUAUUACUUUUAUCAAUAGUACCUAGUAAUAGUCUUAUAUGCCAUGAAUGUGGAUGUGAUAACACUGAUAUAACUGGAUGCUAUUGUGGUGAGACAAGCACUGACUUUGAUGGUGAUUAUUGUGUUAUCGCUGAAGAAAGACUUACCGAUGUAACAAAUAUUCAGCUAACGCGAGUUCCUCGUAAUACAACUUUGGUUUAUGUUGAAGAUCCUUACUAUGUUUUUCUGCUCGAAUCUAUUAGAUAUAAUAAAACAGCAAAUGACUGGUAUCUAUGGACAAGUGGUGCUAUAUUUGGGUGUGAUUGGGAUCUUUGUAAUUCUCCAAACUUGAUCAAUAGGUUACCUACUACAUUCAACUUAUCUAUUGAAAAAAACUGGUUACAAACAAAUAUUUAUGGUACAGGUUCUGUUAGUCAGUGUCACCAUUGUCCAUUCGAACAGUGUGGUGAUUCAGCAAAUCCCAUUGAUUUCACUCAAUGUCCAAUGACACCUUGUGUCAAUGUGUCUACAUGUUUAGCCUAUGAUUUAUGGGAUGAUUUUGAUACAGGUGAACAAUGUUAUCAAUCACAAUGCGCAUCAGACUUUAUAGAUGAAGACAUAGCUCAACUUUAUGGUGGUAAAUAUAGAAUUGAUAUCGAAGCGAUCGUUUAUUUAGCACAAGAUCGUUCAAAAUAUUAUCUUUGGGAAAUGGAUGUAUAUUGUGGUGCCUAUAAUUGUACUCGACCAACUAUUUUUUCCGAAAUACAAAGUAAACUUACCUAUACAAUUGGUGAUCUAUCUAUUUAUCCACUUGUUCGACCUACAACAACUCAACCACCACCAACUGCAACUACACCUAUAGCAAAUCCUCUUAUAUGCUAUAGUUGUGAAUGUAAUGGUGCAGGAGGAUGUCCAUGUUCAUCAACUGUUGUCAUGUCAUUGGAUGAUACUUAUUGUGUUAUUGCACGAGAAAAUCGUGGUCAAGAUGUUACUAUUAAAUUAACUUAUCUUGAUUAUUAUGCAAGUUAUAAUUAUAUUCUUGAUGCACCAUUUGUCGUUGUUGAAGAAACGAUUAGCUAUGAUGAAAGAGGUGUUCGUUGGAUUACUACACCAAGUUUUGUUCUUUAUGGAUGUAAUUGGAAUUUAUGUAACAAGCCAGAACUCAUAUCCCUUCUACCAAAUACUUUUCAAAUGCGUCUUCCAGAAUCAUGGUUGAAUACAAAUAUUUUAGGUACUGGACAACCAGCACGUGAUUGUCAUGAAUGUCCAGAUUCUGCAUAUUGUACUACAAUUGAUUUUAUUGAUGUUAGUCGAUGUCCAAUUCAUUCAUGCAACACUACUUGUCGUGUUUCAGAUACAUUUAAUGAUCCAUCCUUUCAGCUUUUCUGUUAUCAAUCAUUUUGCCUCUCACCUCUUGAUGAUCAAUAUAAUCUUAAUCAUCAUCGUGUUGAAAUUGAAGGCCUUGUUUAUGCUAAUGAACCAAAUGAUGUGAAAAUAUGGGAAAUAGAUCUUUAUUGUCGUGGUGAUGACUGUUCACGUCCUGAAUUAUUUAAAGAACUUCGUGAACAAUUAACUCUAAUACCUGGUAACCUUGCUGCUUUAUUUAAUGAAACAUAUGAUCCAUCGAUACCACAACGACGAUGUUAUGAUUGCGUUUGUUUUGAUGAACAAAAUUGUGAUUGUGGUAGAAGUACAAUCAUGAACGCAGAUUCAACUUAUUGUAUGAUUGUGCGCGAAAAUUAUGGUCAAAAUAGUUGGGUCGUUAUGGGACAUCUUGAUCAAGACUCAACUCGUGUUCAUAUUCGUGAUCUUCCUUAUAUACUUCUUGAAGAAACAAUCUUUUACAAUGAGAAAACAGGACGAUGGGAUACUGUCACCAAUUUUGCUGCUUAUGGAUGUGAUUGGGAUUUAUGUAAUCAUCCUAAUCUUAUAAAAUCUCUUCCAAGAACAUUUGAAAUGCGUCUUCCAGAAUCAUGGUUGAAUACAAAUAUUCGAGGUACUGGACAACCAGCACGUAAUUGUCAUGAAUGCCCAGAUGCUCCACAAUGUGGUACAUCUGAUUUUCUUGAUACUAGUCGAUGUCCAAUUCAUUCAUGUGAUACUACUUGUUAUGUUUCGGAUACUUUUGAUGAUCCAUCAACUGGUGAAUUAUGUUAUCAAUCAUAUUGUGCAGAUCCAAAUGAAGAAGAUUAUGAUCCUGAUGCAUUUCAAGUAGAUAUUGAGGGUAUAUUAUAUCUUUAUAAACAACCACGUGAUGUUGAGUUAUGGGAAGUUGAUAUUUAUUGUCGUGCUGAUGAUUGUUCUCGACCAGAAAUAUUUAAAGAAGUGAGUCAUUGA